AUGGGCAGUGGAGCCAGUUCAGAGAGCAAGGAGUCAGCCAGGAGAUCCAGAGAACUGGAAAAGAAACUCCAGGAAGAUGCAGAGAGGGAAGCCAGGACAGUCAAACUACUACUGUUGGGUGCUGGAGAGUCAGGAAAGAGCACUAUUGUAAAGCAAAUGAAGAUCAUCCAUAAAGAUGGUUUCACCUACCAGGAACGCAUGGAGUUCAGACCUAUUGUUUACAGUAAUGCAGUGCAGUCUAUCCUGGCUAUUGUGAAAGCAAUGACUAAGUUAGGGAUCAGUUAUGAAAACUCUGCUAGAAUUGAGGAUGAAAGGAAGCUGUGUGCCAUGGCAACAAGUCUGGAGGAUGGCAGCAUGUCUUGUGAGCUGGUUGAGCUGAUGAAACGCGUGUGGCAGGACGGCGGGACCCAGGCGUGCUUGGCCAGGGCAGCAGAGUACCAGCUCAGCGACUCGGCCGCCUAUUACCUCAACGAUUUGGACAGGUUGGCAAUGCCAGACUAUGUCCCCACUGAGCAAGAUGUCCUGCACUCCCGAGUGCAGACAACUGGGAUUAUAGAGACUCAGUUUUCUUUCAAGGAUUUAAACUUCAGGAUGUUUGAUGUGGGUGGACAACGAUCAGAGAGAAAAAAGUGGAUUCACUGCUUUGAAGGAGUUACUUGCAUCAUAUUCUGUGCUGCACUCAGUGCCUAUGACAUGGUUCUGGUGGAAGAUAAAGAAGUGAACAGAAUGCAUGAAAGCCUUCAUCUGUUCAACAGCAUCUGCAACCAUAAGUGCUUUGCAGCCACUUCCAUUGUGCUGUUCCUAAACAAAAAAGACCUAUUUCAAGAGAAAAUAACAAAAGUUCACCUGAAUAUCUGCUUUCCUGAGUAUAAUGGACAAAACACAUUUGAAGAUGCUGCAAAUUACAUCAAGAAACAAUUUCUAGACUUGAACAUAAGGAAACAAGACAAAGAGAUAUAUUGUCACUUGACCUGUGCCACAGACACCCAGAAUGUCAAAUUUGUUUUUGAUGCAGUCACAGACAUAAUAAUCAAAGAAAAUCUUAAAGACUGUGGGCUUUUCUAACCAUUCAUUCCCUUGCUCAAAGCUUCAGUCCACUUUCCUCUCUUCAUCUGAUGUGCUGAUUGAAAUUAAAAAAAGUCCUCUUAGGUAAG